AUGGAAUCCGUGCGCAAAGCCAAUACUCGACUUCGUAAUUAUCCAAUACUGCUCACGAGGUGCUCUGAAAAGGCAUCUUUGUAUGCAGCGUGUGUGUCUCGGGAUAUUAACGUGCAGCAAAAGAUUUGCGAGACCGAGUUUAAGGAGUUUUUAGACUGUAUACGUAAAACCGCUAAAGAAUUAAAGACAAAGCUGUAAGAACUUUAUGUCCAAUCCUA